ACAUAAUUUGUGACACAUAUUGGAGCACAUUGUAUAUAUAGACUCUUGUGCAUCAAUGUUUUCCGGAUCCCGCAAAUGUAAUUAGAGAUUUCAAUGAUUGUUAGAAAUUUUUGUGCUAUGUGUAAAAUUUUUUUAAAGACUUCUUCAAUUAUAUCAACUGAACUUUCAAACUUUCAAUUGCAAAACAGAAAAGGGGGAUUUUGUUGAUUGCCAUGAAAAUCCCUCCAAAGAAACCUCAUUUUUUCAAGCCCAUUCAGAAAGGUUUCAAGCAUGGUCUUACGAUACCUACGGGUUUCUUGAAGUAUCUGAAGGGAUGACAUCAAAUUGAACAUGUAGUACUGAGAAGUGGGGGCAAAAGUUGGCUGGUGAAGGUGAAGGGCUGCCGAUUCAAAGCGGGUUGGGCUGCAUUUGUAGAAGAACAUGAUCUGCAAUUGGGAGAUCUGUUGAUUUUCAGACAUGAAGGAGAUAUGGAAUUUGAGGUUUCCAUCUUUGAUUCAAGUCAUUGUGACAGAGAGUAUGCAGAGUAUCUGCAGGAAGAAGAAGGAUGUGAUAAUGUUGAAGAGACUUCCAAGAAUUUUAAAUUCAAAGGAGCAGAAGCUCGAAGACGAUGAUUGCUAAAUCUAGGAAUGAACCGAGAAUUGUAGCUGAGGAGAGAAAUGUAGAAAAAGAGAGAAGCAAAUCGAAGCUCUGCAUCAUGCCAUCAAGCAAGGUGUUUACCCAUGCAGAUGCCGGUACGCACAACCCUUGUGCUCAAUCUCACUUUGAGUGCACUGUCAGUCGAUAUUGCAUUUCAAAUAGUUACUUGCGUCUUCCUAAACAAUUUGCAAUGGAAAACGGUCUCAUCAACAAGAAAUGUGGUCUGAUGAUCAGAGAUGAAAGACAAAGAUCAUGGCACUUAAGACUAGCUACCUUCAAUUCUAGAGUCCAUAUAUUAGGUGGAUGGCGUGAGUUUCUCCUUGCAAAUGACUUAAAGGAGGGAGAUUAUAUGAUGUUUGAGGUUGUUGCUCAUGGAGAAAAACCAAUUUGGAAAUUUCACAGAAAGGAAACGAAAGGGCAAUCUGUUGGAGGACCCUCCUUUGCUCUAUCUAACUCGGCGUGCGCUCCUUCCGGCCCUGCGAGAAAUCAAGCAUACAGUUGGAAAUUUGAAGUCAAAGAUAAGGGAUCUUUAGAGUCUGACAGAGAUGCAGACAAACCAAACCCGAACAUUGUUUCAAGAAGAAAGGCUUUUCCCAACGAAGAAUCUGCUACUCACAGCUCUUUCGGUAAAUCACAUUUUGUGUACAUUGUUAAGCCGUAUUGCCUUACAAGGAAUUACUUGUACCUUCCUAAACGAUUUGCUCAGGCAAACGGUCUCAUCGACAAGAAAUGUGGUUUGGUUAUUAGAGAUGAAAGACAUAGAUCCUGGGAUUUAAGGCUGGGUACCAACAAUGCUGGACUCUAUAUUCGAGGAGGGUGGCGUGAAUUCUGUGUUGAUAAUGACUUGAAGGCGGGAGAUUGCAUAAAGUUUGAGGUUGUUACUAAUGGAGAGAAACCAAUCUUGAAAUUUCAUGGAGCUGGCACUCACAAGCCUUUUGGUCAAUCUCAUUUUGUAUGCAUUCUUAGACCUUAUUGCUUCGUCAGUGAUUCAUUGGUCAUUCCUACAAAAGUUGCACUUGCAAAUGGUCUCUCCAACAAGAGAUGCGGUUUGAUUAUUAGAGAUGAAAGGGAAAGAUCGUGGAAUGUUAAGUUACAUUCUUCUGGCAAUAGUGUAUAUAUCACAGGUGGAUGGCAUGAAUUCCGUGAUGCAAAUUGCUUAAAGGAAGGAGAUUGCAUAAUGUUUGAGGUUGUUUCUAAUGGAAACACACCAAUAUGGAAAUACAAUGGUAAAUUUUUUGGGAAUUUAAGGAUGCCAAACAUCACAGAAGCCACUGACAGGAUAAUUUGAAGUAGUUGGUGAAGCAAGUGGAUGUACAAAAUUUGAUAUGGAUUUUUUGAAAUAUAUCUGUGCAUUGUUUCCAAAAUGAUCCCAUAACUCGGUUCGGUAUUGUGAGGAGAUCAAAUUCUUUUAAGGACAAAGUAGACCAUGUGGGAUCGGAAAUCAUUCAAAAGUUGUUUACGUUUUCACAGGUUCCGUGGAAACGUUGCGUACAAUAAACUCGUGGUUCGACCCUUCUCCAAACCCUCACAUAGAGGGAGCUUUAGUGCAAUGAGCUGUCCUUUUUAUUUGUUUCCAAGACAAUAGAUGACAAGCAUAAAGAAUGUAGCUUUAUAUAUGUGUGUGUGAGUAUUUAGAUGCAAUGAUUAUUUGUUCUAAGCAUGUAUAUUUUCUUUUCCUAGCCAAAUAUGUAAAAAUAUAUUUGAUUACAAUGUCGUUAUCUUUAACAAAAUAAAAAAUUUAUAAUUAAUAUAUUCU